AGGACAGCUAGCAAUGAAGCGAGAGCUUCACCUACCAUAAUACCCCAUUACUCUCUCCCACCCCCACCCUGCCUUUUUAGCCUUGAGUUCCAUUCUGCUAUUUCCUCUUCAAUUCACUUCACUCUUUCUCUCUGUCUCUCUUUCUUUCUUUCUUUUUCUCUCUUUUUUCCAGCUUCAUAUAUUUGUAGCAACGAUAGCUAGUACUAUUAGUGGUACAAAAGAAAGUGAGUGUAAUGGAGGAAUAGUUUAAAGGGUUUUUGUGGGUUUUGGCUGUUUUUUUGUUUGUCUCUUCCUCUUUUCCGGUUUUCUUCUUCUUCUUCUUCUGAAUUCCUUCAACUGGGAUUUUUUUGAAACUUGUGCCAGAGGCGAAUUUCAUUAGACUUCUCCAGUUUCCUGCUGUUGUUACUAAGGAGUAGGGAAGUCGUUUAGGCGGGAGAAUUUUUCGGGGCAUUCCAUUCAGGUAGAAUUCUGAAGGAGUCCAGGAUUUAGAAGAAUGAAUCCAAAUUUUGUGGAUGAGAUAGACUGCGGAAGCUUCUUUGAUCACAUUGAUGACUUGAUUGAAUUCCCUCCUGAGAAUGAGUGUGGUAACGGCCUUGUUGGCUCUGGUGACUGCAAGAAUUUUCCUAGCCUUUGGGAUGAAGCCUUGCCGGACACCGACACCCUUUUCACCGGCAAUACCAGCAAUUCGGCUUCUGACCUUUCUGCGGAGCUCUCUGUUCCGUACGAGGACAUUGUACAACUUGAAUGGCUUUCAACCUUCGUGGAGGAUUCCUUCUCUGGUGGAGGGAUGACUCUUAGCAAAGAUAAUUCAUCUGUCAACAAAGACAAUCCCUGCAACCAAUUUCAAACCUCCAGCCCUGUUUCUGUGCUUGAAAGUAGCAGCAGCAGCAGCAGCUCCUCCUGCUCAGGGGGGAAAGCUAUACCGCUUAGCCCCAACCACCGUGGACCACAACGUGCUCGUAGUAAACGUCCGCGCCCGGCAACCUUUAACCCCCGCCCGGCUAUUCAACUUAUCUCUCCGCCGGCCUCCUUCAGCGAGACUCCUCAUUUGUUUCUUGCUCCUGGAGUUUCUUCAGAAUCGGAGAAUUUUGCGGAGUCUGAAUUUGUGAGGAAGUUCCCCAAGCCUGCUGGAGGAGAGCAUAAGAAGAAAAAGAAAAUCAAAUUGACUGUUCCUCUGGGCCCGAUGGAGAUAAAUCAGAAUUCAGCAUCACAAGCUGUGAGGAAAUGCAUGCACUGUGAGAUAACAAAGACUCCUCAGUGGAGGGCUGGGCCUAUGGGGCCAAAAACGCUCUGUAAUGCAUGUGGUGUUCGCUACAAAUCCGGCCGUCUCUUUCCAGAAUAUCGCCCUGCAGCAAGUCCCACAUUUGUGCCGUCCCUGCAUUCAAAUUCUCACAAGAAGGUUCUUGAGAUGAGGGUCAAGGUUGUUGAGGAAAACACUACAGUGGGGACUGCAGCAAAAGCCUCAGCUGCCGGAAGAGAGCUAGUUCCAGAGAGUAAACCCUCGCUAGAAUACAUUUGAGAUUAGGAGCAGAGAAUGGCUUCCUUGGAAGUCAUUUUUCUUCUCUGCCUCUUUUCAUUUAGUCCUCUUGCUGUUCUCUUACUGUAUUUCCAUUUCUUCGUUCGUUGGUUCUUUGUACAGAGAUGUAAUGGGGGAGGGAUAGGAGCAUAGGUGACCAUAUUUAGCUAUUAGGGAGAAGGAAUGAUAUGAGAAGGUACUAAAAAACUGAUAAAAGAGAUAAUGGGGAGUUUUAGGGCUAGGGCUCAGCUUUAGCGAUGUUGUUUAGGUCCUUUAAAGUUAAUAGGUAUUUGGGGUCAGUGUUCUCUUUCUGCUCUUUUUGGGUCAGUGUUCUCUUCCCAGCCUUAAUGGGAAUUCUUUUUGCAGUUCAUGUGCUUGUAGGAAACUCUGAAAAUGAGACUGCUUUUAAAUUAGAGUCUUUAGUUAUUUUACUCUUUCUUAGAAGUCUA